CUACCUAUAUAGCCUUGGAAAGAUCGAGUUAGGUUAGGUCACCGUCCAAUAUUAAUUAACACAAAUUUCUUUUUUUCAUUUUAGUAAAAUUACAAAUCAACAAACCACUUUAACUAUUAAUAACGAUAAUGUCAUCACUAAUAAAAUUUUGUUUUUAAAAAAAAGAAUCAUUGAAAAUGGCGGGAUUUUUCCCUCCAAAACUAUCAAUAACGAAAAAAUCGUGAAUAAUAAACUGACAUUUUCGUCAGUAAAAAGUUUAUCACUAACGACUUUGUCGUCAGUAAAAAAUGGUUAAAAAGCUAACCCUAAUUCGUUCUCUUCUUCUUAUCUCUCUGUAAAAUCUUCUCUUUAUCCCCAAUUCCUCUCCAUCGCUUGAAGCUUCGCCUGCUACUACUGCCGCCGCCCAUCACCGCAUAAAAUGUCUGCAGAUGUUACUAGUUAUCAUGGUGGAGAUGGUGGUGGGGAUGACCCAUUAGGUCCUACUAGGGUACCUGCUUCGUGCGAGUCUUCUGCUAGUGAAUUAAAGAAAGGUCGUGGGAUAAAUGUUUUGGUAAAUUUGGAAGAUAGAAGAAAAAAAGCUGGGGUCCCGUUGCCAUUAGUAUUGGACAAUGCCUCUAACAAAAUAGUAGGCUUGGAGAGUAAAGCUUUCCCUCGUUUGGUAGGGAGAGAGAUUGCAUUGCAUGUUCCUGGACAUUUUGACAGUUGGGCAAAUGUCCCGGAGCAAUACAAACACCUCAUCUUAACCAAACUUCGGCAUUAUUACCAGAUUGACAAUAAUGCAAAAUUAACAGCUAUUUCGUUAGCUGAGAUGGCCGAAAAAUACAAGACGAGAAAGAACAUUAGACUAACACAUUUCAAAAAAUAUUACAAAACACCAGAAGAUUUUGAAAAUGCAGUCAAGAACCACCCCGAUGAACUCAAUGAGGAACAAUGGCGACUAAUAUGUCAAUUGUUCACAUCUCCUAAGUUUAUUGCUCGUUCUAAGCGAAACACUCUUAAUCGGCAAAAAAUGAAAUACCCUUCAACACAAGGAUCGAUAACUAUGGCUGAGAUCCUUUAUAAAAAUCAAAAUAAAAGUUACGUUGAGAAUAGGGAAGCUUGUCAUACAAAAAAAGACAUGGACACCUUUGUCAACGAGUAUGCCAAAAAUGAACGGGAGCAUGUGAAGAAUAAUUAUGACAGUCGAUCUAGUACUUCUGAUUCUACACAAGUUUCUAAGAUUGAUAUACUUCGUGAGACUCUUGGAGAGAGGCGUGACCAUGAGAGAGGAGUGGGUCGCAAAUUGAAAGGACAAUCAUCAAGUCAACACACACAACCUACAAUUACUGACCAACCCGACUUAAAGCAAACGAUAGCUCAGUUGCAAAGACAAAUUCAGGUAAUGUCUCAAGUUUUGUUACCGAAAGAACGUACACAAAUGGAUGUUGAGAUGACUGAUGCAGCUCCAACACAACCAAUGCGUCCACAACCAUCUUGUUCUCAUAUGUCUGGAGAUAGAUUUGGUCCAUCUUUUCAGCCAAUGGAUUUUCAGCAUCCGCAGCUGCAACAGACCCCUCUUUCGUUUCAACAAUUGCCACAACAACCUCAUGUCCCUUCAUUUGCACCUUUGACCCAUGAACAAAUGGUUCAAUAUCAGAUGUUCCAGUCAUUCAUCCAGAUGAUGUCACAGUCGCCAAACAAUUUACAAGUAAUGAUGCAGAUGAUGAUGCAGUGGCCUCAGACGUCUCAGGUCUCACAGUCAUGGAUGCCACAAAUGAUGCUGACACAACAAAUGCCACAAACGCCGCAGAAUUUUCAAAUGAUGCCGACACCACAAGAGCAACAAUAUGUGCAGCAGAAAUCGCAAAUGAUGCCGACGCUACAUGGGCAGCAGACAUCUCAAAUGAUGCCGACAUCACAUGACCAGCAGAAAUCUCAGAUGAUUACGAGUUCGCAGAUGCCACCAUACUUUCAACAAAUGCCUAAUGUUCCUCAACAGCAAAUUCCGAGAGAUGGUAGUGAUGAUGAUGAUGAUGUUGGUAGUGGUAGUGAUGGUGGUGGUGGUGGUGGUGAUGGUGAUGAUGAUGAUGAUUACGAUGAUGAUGAUGAUGGUGAUGAUGAUGAUGAUGAUGACGACGACGCUACUACAAAUUAGUUUUAGUAUUUUUUAUUUACAUCACUAUCUAGUUUAUGUAUAUCUUUGUUUUAUGAACACUCUUUUUUAAUAAGUACUCUUAACUUAACGAGUUAUGUUUCACUCUUAAUACUUGAUAUGAAAAUAUUUAGUUUGUUAUCAUAUUUUACUUUUAAUUAAAUUAUUUUGUAUAUUAAUUAGUUAGAAAAAUUAAUUUUUGAUACAAAUUAAUAUUUAUAAAAAAAAAAAAAUAGAUUUAUAAUUAUUAUUAUUUUAGAAAAAAAAAAUUGAGGGCCUUUCAUUGUGAGUUAUCACCAAUGACUUUUCACUGACGAUAAAUCGCCAUUAAUAAUUAUCGCUGUCGAAAAAAAGACUCUUCAAUGUAUUAUGUAGUAUUAUUAUUAGUAAGGUAAUUUACUAUAAAUUUUAUUUUAAUUUAAUAAUUAUUGUAAAAAACUAAUAAAUACUUGUAAUGAACAGAGGGAUCGUAAUAACAUAAAUUCAUCAAGACUACAAAAAUUAAAGCAAGCCCUCCUAAGAACAUUAUGAGUUGAUCAAUAUCAAGCAGCUGCUUCAAGCUUGCCACAACACGAAGAGAUUCUCAGCAGCUAGGAAGAGUAUGGUGAAGACUGUACUUGCAAGCUUGGUGUAUUAUGUUUGGAAAGCAAGGAAUGAGGUGUUAUGGAAUCAACAACAAUGGCUUAUCAACACCACGGUCAAGAAAACACAGCAAAUGAGUAAGAUUAGAAUCAAGGGGAUGCUUCCUAAGAAAGCUAAGGAUGAAGAUAAAGCAUGGAUAUUAAUGACUUAACUUGUAUAGAAUCAAAUGUAAAUGUAUUGAUAGCAAAAUGUAAAGAUUAGUGAUGUAAAAGUUUGGUUGGAGCAAUAAAAUUCUUAUUCAUCAAAAAAAAAAAAAAAACCUCUCUCUAAUUAUAUAUCUAGAGGCUCAUUUGGUAUACCCUGUUGUAUUGUAAUAUACUUUAUUGUAUAUUAUGUUAGAUUGUAUUAUGCUGUAUUGUAUUAUUUAAUACAAUACUAUGUUUGGUAUUAAUUUGUAUUAAUAGAUUGUGUAAAGUUACACUAUCUUUACCGUAAGUUCGACCUGGCCCCGACCCCGGCCCUGGACCUGGAUCCCAUCUUCGGCCCGAACCCGCACCCGCACCCUAACCCUAGUUCGAGACUAGGUUAUUUGGGCCUAGGACCGGGUCUGGGUCUAGG